UCAUUGGGAGUAAUAACAGGGGAAAAGGGUUUUAUGAAUCAAUCUUGAAUCGUCUCUUCCAUCCCAUGAACACCUUCUUUUGAUAACACCCUCUUCUCCUUCGGCCCACAUCUUCACCAGCUCUGAAUCUAAGCUUAAGGGUGUUGUUUCUUUACAGCUCAUUUCACACAAUAUGAGAUCUUUCUUCUUCUAACCGUUGUGUCUACUCAUCAUUUGAUCCUUUUUUCCAAAUGGGUAAUUAAAGUAAUCGAAAGAAUAUGAAGAUCACUAGAAAAGCUGAUUCAUUUGCGAUUCUCUCAUCAAGGGCUCCAGAUCCUUUUCCUGAUUCCAUUCCUACACACAAGUCAAGGAAUCAGAGUCCUUCCAGAUGGAAAUCGAAGAAUCCAGCUCGUUCGGUCGCAGGUCUAAGGGUGAGACGAGAUGGGUCAGCUCCGGUUGGGAGGAGGAGUCGACCUGAGACUCCUUUGCUCCGGUGGAAGUACAACGAGGGGGAAAAUGAUGUUCGUUUGACUGGGGAGAGGUUGUUUCCGCCGGAGUGUGGCCGGAGGAGCGGUAGAAAGACAAGUGGUAAAGAGAAAGUGACGGCUGUUUCUGCUAGGAAGCUUGCUGGUGUUCUAUGGAGGAUGAAUCUUCCUGAAACACCCGCCGCCAUCCCUGGUCAAGAAAACGAUACCCCUUGUCUGCCUAAGAACAGUCAUUUAGGGUUUCAGAGAACCUCUGGCCAAUCACAGAUCCCUUUUGAAUCACAAGAUCUGAUUCAGAAUCGUUGGUCAAUCCCAAGUCCAAAGAAUGGACAUUUAUGCAAGUAUGCGAGUUCCUUUAAACCAUCGAAUUCGGCUUUGGAAGGGGCAACAAAAUGGAACCCUAUCUCCUCAAACAUCUCAGAAGACAUCCGACAGAUUUAUGGCGACACAGACUGUAACAUAGAGCUUGAACAAGCUCGAGCCCGUAUUCAUGAACUGGAAUCAGAGAAAAAAUCAUCGAAAAAGAAACUCGAACACUUCUUAAAGAAACUCAGCGAGGAAAGGACUGUUUGGAGAAACAAGGAGCACGAGAAGAUCCGUUUGGUCAUUGAUGAUAUGAAAGGUGAUUUAAACAAGGAAAAGAAAACCCGACAGAGAUUGGAAAUCGUUAAUUCAAAGCUGGUGAGUGAAAUUGCAGACGCCAAAUUACUAGCCAAACGUUACAUGAUGGAUUACGACAAAGAGAGAAAGGCGAGAGUUAUAAUUGAGCAGGUAUGCGACGAGCUGGCUAAGGAAAUUGGAGAAGAUAAAGAAGAAACAGAAGCGAUGAAGAAGGAAUAUUUAAAACUCAGAGAAGAAGUCGAUGAUGAGAGGAAGAUGUUACAGAUGGCUGAAGUCUGGCGCGAAGAACGCGUUCAAAUGAAAUUAGUCGACAUAAAAGUCGCUAUCGAAGAGAGGUAUUCGUACAUGAACCAGCUGGUUUCUUCCCUCGAAGAAUUUCUGAAUUCGGGAGAAACCCUUAAAAACAUUGACGAGAUUAAGAAAGCAGAGUCUCUUUGCCAGGCUGCCCGAUUGGUUAGCGUACAAGACAUCGUGGAAUUCAAAUAUGAGCCACCGAAAUCCGAUGAUAUUUUCGCUGUUUUCGAGGACAUGAACAUGGGAGAUAUAGAAGAAGACGAGAGCGGAUGGGAAACCGUAAGCCAUUUGGAGGAAGAAGAACAAUCAAAUUAUUCGCACGAUGGGAGCGAUCCAUCAGUUAACAACAAGGGUACUAAUCGCGAUAGUAAUUUUUCAGAGGAAAAUGGUUCGGUGGGUACUCCGAUAACCGAAACGGUCGUGUCUGGAAGGAAAGUGAAGAAAGGGUCUUCUUCUUCAUCGAUAUCUCGCCUUUGGAGAUUGUAUCAAAAUAAUAGCAGCGGAGAAAAGGUGAAGAUAAUUUCGGUCGAUGCUAAUAAUAAUAAUAAUGGUGGGAGGCUUUCAAACGGGACUGCUGUUUCUAUGGAUGGUGAGUGGAGCUCACCCGAUGUGAGUAAUCCACAUAUAAAUAGAGGAAUAAAGGGUUGUAUUGAAUGGCCGAUUGGAGGCGGUUUGCAGAAGGGUAGUUUGAAGUCGAAGCUUUUGGAGGCGAGAAUGGAAAGUCAAAAGAUUCAAUUGCGUCAAGCUCUAAAGCAGAGGAUCUAGACAUGUUUGGUUUGGCGUAUCUCGUCUUGUUUUUACACGUUCAUAAUAAAACUCGGGCAUAACGAUAGAGUACAAGAUUCCUGAGGUGGUUGGUUGGUCGAACUCUUAUCCAUAUAAAAAGGGUAUGCUUCAUUCUUUCUGGUAAUUGAGGGGCAAAAAGACUGAAUUUAUGUGUAAUUUGUUGAAUUGUGGCUCAUACAAAAGAAGCAUUUGGUUGGUUAAUUGAUGAGUGAAACAUUUAUGUAUAAAACCCUAUGGAUAAUAAUAGCAUUAGCAGCUGAAAACUCUCAAUCUUGUUCUCAUUGUUAAGCUUAUUUAGAAAUAAUAUAUUUAUUUUUAUAUCAA